AUGGACCCCAAGGCUGGCCAAGUUGAAGAACAUCUCUACUUGAAGUGCCAUAAAAGUUUUCCAGACAAAAAUGGCAAAAGGAAACGACGUGGAAACCUCCCUAAAAAGUCUGUGAACAUCCUGCGGGACUGGCUGUCUAACCAUCGUCUAAGCGCCUACCCAACCGAUGAGGAGAAACGACAUCUGGCCAAGGAGACCAAUCUCACCAUGCUACAGAUCUGUAACUGGUUCAUUAAUGCCCGUCGACGGAUCUUACCUGAAAUGCUCAUGACUCAAGGGAUAAACCCUAACUUGCUUGGCUUUGGCCGUAAAGGAACGAAGAAGAGAAGCCCACCACCAUCUCCAGCGUCUAGAGUUCUGGUUACAGCUUCUCUGCCCACCACAAUAGUUUCGGCCGUCCCUCUGGUGUAUUCCAUGUCUCAGCCUUUUCCCGCGUUAGCCACGCUCAGUUCUGAUCUGCUGUUGCAGCGCGUCAUACCGACCAUCAAGGCGGAAGAGGGUGGUCAGUCGGUGCUGCUAUCUCAACAUGUCAGAAACUCUACAAGCGAGGUUCAAAUCACGCCAGCCAAGCCUCUUUCCCACCAAAUCCUCUUUAAUCCAGAAGAAAAAGUAAGUAAGUUGCAUAUCUUGGCUCACGUGGCCUCCCAGUGUAUGGAAGAGAUGAAAUCAGAGGAGGCUAAAAGGGAGGCUGCCAGCUCUGCGCUCAGCUCUCUUUACAACACAGAGUCCUCUCCUUCCAAAUAA